AUGAAUCUGGGAUCUACGCUGAUGCAGAGAGAUGGGGAGGACUUGGAAGCCUUGACCGCCUUCCAGUCCGCGAGGAGUGCCCUGGAGGCGAGCGGCGCGUCGGGCAGCUCCGUGGCCGUGGAGCUGAGCGCUCUGCUGGGCCAGGCCCACAUGCAGCGCAACGACCUUGCGGCCGCCCUCGAGGAGUUGGAGGCGACCAAGGCCAUGAUGCAGAACCAGCGAAACCUGCGGGAGACCGAAGCUGGGGCGCGGGUGCUUUUUCGCCUGGGCCAGUGCUAUCUGGACCGGGAGGACCUGACCGCCGCCGUGGGCGCUUUGGAGUUGGCGGCCUCGGUGCUCACGCUGGACGCGGAGGUGAGCAUGACACUGGCGGACGCCUACUUCGAGGCCGACGAGGCGGACAAGGCUGUGGCGGCCUACGACCGUGCCAAGGUCGCCGCCGUUGCGGCGGGCCAGCAGCGCGCCGAAGCGCUGAUCCUCACGAAGCGAGGCCUGGCUUAUGCAGACUUGGGGGACCUGGACAGAGCGCUGGAGGACCACGAGAGCGCACGACAGCUGGCGGAGGAGAGCUGGACCUAUUGGACACACGCCUCGGGGCGGAUGUCCUGGUGA